AUGUCAGCCACUCCAAGCGGCGCACCCGCACGCGGUGGCUCCCCAAUGUACAGAAGGCUACGGUGUCAGUUGACGGCACAGCGAAGAAGUUGCGAAUCUGCACCCGCUGCCUGCGUACACACUACAAGCAACUAA